AUGCUGCGCCCCAUGAUUCGCAUGGCCUUCGCGUUUGCGAGCGCGGCUGCUUUCCCAGUGACGGUCACUAACUGCGGUGUGUCAAACACGAUUGCGUCCGCGCCAAGCCGAGUCAUCACGAUGAACCAGGGGGCGACGGAAUUCCUGCUUGCGAUGGGUCUGGAGAGCAGCAUGGUGGGCACUGCUUACCUGGAUGAUGAGAUUUGGCCACAGUACGCAUCAGCCUAUUCUCAAAUCAAGGUCUUGAGCUCUGGGUAUCCCAACGAGACCCACAUCAUGGCACACUCUCCAGACUUCAUCGUGGCGUCUUACAGCUCUGCCUUCCGACACAACUACACCUCGGGCGGCAGGGUGCGUGGCAUCUUCUCUUCAGAAACGGUGGGACCUUGUGAAGGUCCUGGUUCCGAAUGGGGCAGCGGCCCGAACACUUGCCGCCCUGAGUUGCAUGCAGCCGGCAUCGGCACGUAUCUUUUCGAGGAUGCGUGCGAAAACCGCUCCCUGCGCCCAACUACCGUCACGGAAGACACCGUCUACGACGAGUUGCGCGAGCUCGGGAGGAUCUUCGGCAAGGAUGUGGAGCCUCUGGUGACGGAGAUGAAGGCUGACUUUGACCAAGCAGCGACUAUGGUCUCCUCCGGGAUGGCUGGUGCGCAGAUGAAGACCGUGUGGCUGGAUUGCAUCGACUGUUGCUCCACAGAACCGGGUGAGGAGGAGCAGGUCUUCGUGGGCGGUGGCACCGGGGCACCUAACAUGCUGAUGCAGGAGGCCGGGCUCAGCAAUAUCUUUGCCGACCGCCCUGGCAACUGGGUCUGCGUCAACGUGAGCGACAUCGUCAGUGCCGUCCCUGAUGUCAUCGUCGUGGUCGAUGCCUCGUGGGACACCGCAGUAGAGAAGAUCAAGUGGAUGUACAAUGAUGCGGAGUUCUGCAAAUUGGAGGUGUUGAGGACAGCCCGGUUCGUGUCGAUCCCCUUCAGUGCCACAACCCUCAGCCCUCGCAACGGCCCUGCAGCCCUGGAUUUGGCAAUGGCAUCUCUGCAUGUCCGCACGGGCUCACAGGCACCGACGCAGCAGUCGGGGGUGGGUUCCUUCAGCCCCUUCUUCCUGCAAGCCCAGACUUCCUGUCAGCGCUGUCCUCUGAACGCCGUCAACGUGAUCUACGACGACACCUCCGGGAUUGCUUACACUCCUCUUUGUAACACCACCACCACGACCACCACAACCACGACGCAAGAUGCGGAAGCGUCUAAGGCCAGCUGUGCUUUGCCUGUUGGCUUCCUGCUGGGCUUGGCCACCAUCGGAUUUCUCACUCCGGCCUUCCUUGCCAACUGA